CCCUGAGAAAAGGUGUGCUGCUGAAAACGCUUUUCCGAAUAAGCCGUCUGUGUUUUUCGUGAAAGUAACGGAAUCAAUUUCCAUUGGGAUUCGGAAUAUUACGCCUUAUUUAUAGAUUGACCUACGAUGUCCACGGUAGCAAGCGCACUAUCCUUGGCCGGUAACCGGUCGUCCGGAGCUCCCGUUCGCACACAAAAUGUGAUGGCCGCAAGUUCAAUCGCAAACAUAGUGAAAUCAUCGCUCGGACCCGUCGGGCUAGACAAGAUGCUGGUGGACGAUAUCGGCGAUGUGACGGUCACCAAUGAUGGAGCAACGAUUUUGAAACUGCUUGAAGUGGAACAUCCGGCUGCCAAGGUAUUGUGCGAGCUGGCACAGUUGCAGGACGAAGAGGUGGGCGAUGGAACCACCUCGGUCGUCAUUAUUGCGGCCGAGCUGCUCAAAAAUGCGGACGAACUGGUGAAACAGAAGAUACAUCCAACUUCCAUCAUCGCCGGGUACCGUUUGGCAUGUAAGGAAGCUUGCAAAUACAUUUCCGAGCACUUGACCGCACCGGUCGAUGAUCUGGGACGUGAAACGUUGGUCAACGUGGCGAAAACAUCGAUGAGCUCAAAGAUCAUCGGUGCCGAUGCGGACUUUUUCGCUUCAAUGGUGGUUGAUGCAGCACAAGCGGUGAAGAUUCUCGAUCCAAAAGGCAACCCGGCAUACCCGAUCAAGGCAGUCAAUGUGCUGAAGGCGCACGGUAAAUCGGCUCGCGAAAGUAUUUUGGUGCAGGGUUACGCGCUGAACUGUACGAUCGCUUCGCAGCAGAUGCCUAAAAAGAUCGUGAAUGCGAAGAUUGCAUGUUUGGACUUUUCGCUGCAGAAAACAAAGAUGAAGAUGGGUGUACAGGUGCUAAUCACGGACCCGGAAAAGCUGGAAGGUAUCCGUGCCCGCGAACUGGACAUUACGAAGGAGAAGAUCGAAAAGAUUUUGGCGACGGGCGUGAAUGUAGUGCUGUGCAGUGGUGGUAUUGACGAUCUCUGCUUGAAGUAUUUCGUCGAGGCCGGUGCAAUGGCUGUGCGGCGUGUGAAGAAGGCGGAUUUGAAGCGUAUAGCCAAAGCAACCGGUGCUGCCUAUCUCACGUCGCUCACGAACAUGGAAGGAGAGGAAAGCUUUGAGGCCAGUUAUGUGGGCGAAGCGGCAGAAAUCGUACAAGAGUUCAUCUGUGACGAUGAGCUGCUUCUGAUCCGUGGCCCGAAGGCUCGUACCGCUGCGUCGAUCAUUCUGCGCGGUCCCAACGAUUUCUACUGCGAUGAGAUGGAACGUUCCAUUCACGAUGCACUGUGCGUGGCGAAACGAGUACUGGAGGGCAAAAAGGUCGUUGCAGGUGGUGGUUGCGUGGAGGCGGCCCUAUCGAUAUAUCUGGAAAACUUUGCUACCUCGCUGAGUUCCCGCGAACAGCUGGCUAUCGCCGAGUUCGCCAAAUCGCUGUUGGUCAUACCGAAAACGCUGGCCGUAAAUGCGGCCAAGGAUGCGACGGAUUUGGUGGCGAAACUGCGCGCGUAUCACAACUCCAGCCAGACCGUCGUCGAUCAUGCACAGCUGAAGUGGUACGGGCUCGAUCUGAUCGAGGGUGUGGUGAAAGACAACAAAAAGGCAGGUGUGCUCGAACCGGCCAUGUCGAAAAUCAAAUCACUCAAAUUCGCGACGGAAGCGGCAAUCACGAUCCUCCGAAUUGACGAUAUGAUUACGCUGAAUCCGGAAGAAAAAGGAGGCAAGAACUACGGUGAUGCUUGUGCGGCUGGUGAGCUGGAUGGUUAGAGGAGUUGAGCAAACCGAGCAGCCGAAGGCAUGCCGAUUUUGCCGAUCGAUCAACGUACGUCUCGCCUUCAGCAGCAUUUGCUACGUACUUUAAGCUUUUAAUUCUAUCAUCUGCCGCUUCAUCGCGAGCGAAGCAAUAUUAUUGCACCUUUUUUGUUUGUUCGACUAUCUCGCUAACACCUCUCGUUUUCAUCACUAUUCACACUGAUCGCACCACACCGGCAUCGAGCGAACUCAUUUUACACUUACAUACCUUUAAUGAGUUUCACAUGUGCGCAUUUUUCUUUCCUUGUGAAACAGUACCGAAAUAAAACAGUAACUUAAAACCGA